AUGUCUAAGCCCUCAAUGGUCCCUCAUCUUCAUGAGCCUUCAGCAGAGGGCUCUGCCCCUCCAGGUCUUGAGAGCCAUCUGCGCAACCUCAUUAUCUCCAAUGGCACACCAGCACAGGGUCCGCUGGCCAACACUUCCUCGCAGCAGGCCUCAGUUCCCCAACAUGGUAUAGACGACCGCAGUGCUCAGGCAGGAGCGCCGGAGGGUGUCUCUCAUCCAUCCAAGCCUGCCCGCAAACGAAUGAAUCAAGCACAAAGACGCCAGAUGAGCUCGCAACUUUCUAUUUCCAUCGACCCUCGAGCUCAACAACAGCAGCAGCAGCAGCCCCAAAACAGAAACUACCAAAGCCCAACUUCUCAUUAUUCGAGGCCUUCUCAGUCUUACCAUCGGCACGUACAUGCCGACACCCAGCCAAGGGGGGCUUACAAUGAGAACCGCCAGGGUGGCCCACAGCCGCAUCGCCCAUGGAACGGUCCUCAGCAACACAGACCUCGUGGAAAUGAUCACUAUCAGCCUCCUAACCAUGGUCGCCAGGACUCCAUGCUCGCUCAGCCAAAUCGAGGUGCCGGCCAUCUGUACAACGCUAGGCGUGCCGUUCAAUUUCAUCCCGAAGAAGUUGCAGCUCAAGCCGCUCUGCUCGACCAACUCUGUUUUGAUGUCGUGACUAGUUCGGAAAUUGAGAGGUCAGAAAUCGCAGAAAAGGAAGACUUCCGAUGCCGUAUCGAAGCCAUCAGCCGAGAGGUAAUCGCUACGCAUGAGAAGAAAGAAAGGCCUGAGGCCGAAUUCCAUCCUUUCUCAAUUGAACUCAAAUGUUUUGGCAGUCUGUCUUCCGGGUUUGCGACAAAGGCCUCCGACAUGGACCUUGGACUUCUUUCCCCUAUGUCAGCCACUCAACCAGACGCCCCAGGAUCUCCUAUCCCGCGUUUGUUGGAAAAGGCAUUAUUGGAGGCCGGUCUAGGCGCCAGGCUCCUCACUCGUACUAGAGUCCCAAUCAUUAAAUUAUGCGCGUCUCCACCAGAGAAACUCCGGCAAGGUCUUCUUGAAGAACGGUUCCGAUGGGAGAAUGGACUGGACGAGGUUCAUGAGGGUCAUGACGACGAUGAAAACGACCAACACACAGCACCUAACGAUCAAGAGAACAGCCAAGAUCAAAUCAGAGAAACUCCAAAGGAAGCGUCCACCGCCCCUGAAUCUAUCUCUCCAGAUGCUGGCCAUGAGGAACCCCAGGUCGUGGAGCUUAAACAAGGAUCAAAGAAUUCCCUCUCCUCAUAUUAUGGCUUAGCCAAACGAGUUCUCCGUCGGGCGGGUGGUCGUGAUGUCACAAUUUCGAACUAUCGAUCAUUCGUGGAUAAUGACUGGGUCUUAUUAAACAGAGUCAGCGAAGCCUUCAUUGCAGGUCUUUCAGAUGCACGCCUCCAAGACCGCCUGAGCAGGUAUCCGUCUCUUAUAUUCUCAAACGACACGAACCCGCCCAUCAAACGCUCCCUGCUUGGCGUAUAUACCCAGGUUGAGGGCGAGCAAAUCCGGAUGUUGUGGGAGGAAAGUGGCGUUGAAGAGCGAAGCCAACCCUCACGCUUCCACACUGAGCAAUCAUUGAAAGUUUGGGAAGACGCUCAAUACAAAGAAAACUUUGGCAUUGAUCCAAUCUCCCACACUAAGGAGCUUCAGCUGGCCCUUGACAAGUUCAAAAAAGCUCCCUCUGUGCAGUUUGUGAUUCUUGAACAGGGCCAGCACGAGACACCAGCGUCUUACUUCACGAGAGCUUCGUACAUCUUUAACGGCCUGAAUCCUGCUAACGAGGAUGUCUCCUCCAAGUGGGUAGGUAUUCUUAUGAGCCAGUAUGUGUCUGGUAUUCAUCAAGAGGAUACACGGAAGUCAUUACAAAGCUUCAUAGGCACAUGUCCCAAGUCUCCGACGCUCAGGGGGGUCGGCCUUCUCCACAAGAGCAUACAUCUGGCAUGGGAGUUCGAACGGGCACUCGACAAGGAAUUAUACGAUGACGCUGUGGUUCAAGACAUCAAAGAUUAUGUUGAAUUACUCCGGUCACCUUUGCAGCAGGCCGACAAUUUUGACUUUGGCGAUGAAUUCUCGAUUCCCCUAACACCAAGUACGCUGGACCUUUCAGCGAGGAUUCGCCAGUUGCCCGAUCCACACAAGAUGGCCCCCAAUCAGCCGCGCGAUCGUUACAAAGAUCACUUGGAGUUCCCUAAGACUGGCGCAGGUGUUCAAUGCGACAUCAACUUUUCGGCACACUUGGCUCUCCAUAAUACGGCUCUCCUACGCUGUUAUUCGCACACCGACCCCCGUGUCCGACCCAUGGUCUUGUUCGUAAAGAACUGGGCAAAGAUACGGGGUAUCAACUCAGGCUACCGCGGUACACUAAGCAGCUAUGGCUACGUUCUAAUGGUCCUUCACUACCUUGUCAAUGUCGCCGACCCAUUUGUCAGCCCUAACCUGCAGUUGUUUGCUCCACCGCUCCCUCCAGGGCUUUCACCAGUUGAAUUUGAGAACAUGACGAGCUGUCGGGGCCAUAACGUUCAGUUUUGGCGCAACGAAGAAGACAUUCUACGUCUCGCUCGUGCAAAUCAGCUCACUAGGAACAGCGAUACCAUCGGGCACCUCCUGCGAGGCUUCUUCGAAUACUAUGCCCAUAGCAGCAUGCUAAGUACUUCCGCCGGGAGAGGAUUUGAUUGGGGCCGAGAUGUUCUCAGCCUGCGUACCCCUGGCGGCUUGCAGACAAAGCAAGAUAAAGGCUGGACGGGUGCCAAGACGGUCAUCGAAGCUCAAAACGUAGGACCCCAUCCUCCGCCCCAACCUGAGCAAGCAGCUUCAACAGCAUUGGAUGUCAAGGAGCCUGCUGGAAAGGAGAUAGCAACGCAGCCCAAGCAAGCUAAUGGAGCAGCCAAGAACACCGACUUCAAGGAAGUUCGCCACCGUUAUCUCUUUGCUAUUGAAGAUCCCUUUGAGCUGGAUCAUAACGUUGCUCGAACUGUUACCCACAACGGGAUUGUUUCGAUCCGGGAUGAGUUCCGCCGGGCAUGGAGGAUUAUCAAGUCUGCAGGUAAUGGCAGCCCGCAGGAGAGUUUGCUUCGGGAUAUGAACGAUAUCCAAGAAGAUGUUAGCCCGUUGUCCCUGCUUUUGGAUGACAUCCAUGGGUUUGGUCAAAACCGGAACAAAUAA